AUGGAAAACUCGUUCGAUCUUCCCGAUUCCACCGACUGGCUGGACACUCCGCUGUCCCUGCUCGCGCCACUAGAGUCUUCCCUGCGCUGCCAAGUGUGCAAGGACCUUUUCGACAACCCGGUCAUCACGUCAUGUAGCCAUACAUUCUGCUCGCUAUGCAUUCGCCGCUGUCUGAGCACUGAGGGGAAGUGUCCCGCGUGUCGCGCGUCCGACCAAGAGCUGAAGCUCCGUCGCAACUGGGCGGUCCAGGAGCUAGUCGAUGCGUUCCAGACCGCACGGCCAAAGGUUCUGGAGUUGGCCAAGAAGGAGGCUACGCGUCUUGCGCGUGGUGAUCCCGCUCGAGAUGGGCCAUCAUCGCCCAAGAAGCGGAAGCUGGAUCUGCCGCUGCGGGAAGGGUUGGAAGAGUCGCAGGGUAGCCCGCAGGGUGUGCGCACCAGAUCUCAAAGGUCGAGAAGUGAUGUGCCAGGUUCUUCGUCUGCCCCGGAGGUUAUUGAAGACAGCCAAGAUGAGGACUACGCUCCAGAGGAUGGUCUUGUGAAUUGUCCUAUCUGCCACCGCAAGAUGAAGAAUGAAGCGGUCUUUGCCCAUCUGGAUAGAGAUUGUCCAGGAACCCCUACUGCGCCGAAGACCAAGUCUUUUGGAUCUCUGCAACCUGCCGCCCGUAUUACCGCACAUCCCAUCUCUAAACCGCCUGAGAGGAUCCCCGCAAUGAACUAUUCGAUCUUGAAAGACGGCGUGUUGCGGAGAAAGCUUCGUGAUCUCGGCAUCCCCGACUGGGGCGCACGGCAGCUGUUGCAGAGGCGUCACACCGAGUGGAUGAACCUGUGGAAUGCGAACUGUGACUCCAAAACCCCAAAAUCAAAGCGCGACUUGCUGCAGGAAUUGGAUAUAUGGGAACGGACUCAAGGAGGACACGCGGCGGCGCCUUCGCUGUUCGUGGCGAACAACCCGGUGAUGCGCAAGGAUUUCAAUGCUGCCGACUGGAGUGCCUCUCACGAUGGCGAUUUCAAGCGUCUGAUUGCGAAUGCACGGAAACAGAACGAUGCCGCUGUCAGGUCAACGAUCCCUGGAGCCUCUGCUGCCCGAGAAGAAUCCCCAUCGGAAGAGCCUGCCACACCGUCAACUGUCAAGGACGUGGAUGUGUCUCCGCAGGAACCCUUACAGCCGCCAUCGGUCUAUGGUGUUCUUGAAUUCAAUCCGCAGGCCGAGUCAUUAAACCCACCCCGAUGA